UCUCGUGCUUCCUUCUCACUUUGUAUGUAUGUCCCUCCAUCUCUCUCUCGUCUGAUUUUCUCUUCUUCUUCUCUCUCUCUAUAUCAGCCAUAUCCUCUCUAGUCUUUGUAUUAUUAUACUUAAUUGUGAGAUUCAAACAUUGAUCAUCGUACAUAUAUUAUAUAAUCGGAGUCUUUGUUAGUUUUCUCUGAGAUGAUGCCCCCUCAUGAGCAAGAAACUAGCACAGUUGCUACUGUCAUGCCCAACAUGCAGAUGCAGACGGUCGUGAACCGGCCGGAGGACAGUUCGGUUCAUGCCGAGCCACAAGGUUCGGUCAGUCACGGCGGAGAAACUGGUCUGGAUGUCUCCGUCCAUGAUCACCACCCAACAAUUCCAAGAGUCUCAGCUCUGCACCAAUCCAUGCGUCCCGUUACCCUCAAAUUUGAAGACUUCUCUUACAGUGUAACGAUCGAAAGCAAGAAGAAUGCUUGUCCCUGUGUUUCUUCUCAGAAGACGAAGCCGACAAGGACGAUACUCAACGGCGUGACGGGGAUUGUCCGGCCGGGAGAGCUUAUGGCAAUGCUGGGUCCGUCCGGCAGCGGGAAGACCACGCUGCUCACUGCCCUCGCCGGCAGGCUCUCCGGGAAAGUCUCCAGCUCUAUAACAUACAAUGGCCAACCAUUCUCUAGCUCCAUGAAGCGAAGAACCGGGUUCGUCACACAAGACGACGUUCUCUAUCCUCACCUCACCGUCCUUGAGACCCUCACUUUUGCUGCUUUGCUGCGACUUCCCAAGAGUCUCACUAGAAAGGAGAAAAUGGAGCAGGCUGAGACCGUCAUGGAGGAGCUCGGCCUAACGAGGUGCCGUAACAGCCCCAUCGGCGGCGGAGCCAGCUUGGCUCGGGGCAUUUCCGGCGGAGAACGAAAGCGGGUCAGUAUUGGGCAGGAGAUGCUGGUGAACCCGAGCCUACUGUUGCUGGACGAGCCGACCUCAGGGCUUGACUCAACGACAGCCCAACGCAUCGUCGUGUUGCUCCGGGGGCUGGCGCGCGGUGGCCGGACGGUGGUGACGACGAUUCAUUACAAUAUAAAAUUUCAUCCUACAAGAAGAUUUUAUAUCAGCAAAAGUAAUGGAGACCUGGCUGCUCUCACAUCAGGAACGCGAAGAAGUUCAGAGAAUCAAUGGAACACGAGCUGGUGGGAGCAGUUCAGGGUGCUUCUGAAGAGAGGUUUAAAAGAGAGGAGGCAUGAAUCUUAUUCAGGCUUAAGGAUUUUCCAAGUGCUGUCUGUGGCUUUUCUCUCUGGACUUCUUUGGUGGCAUUCUGAUCCCUCAAACAUACAAGAUCAGGUGGGCCUGCUCUUCUUCUUCUCAAUCUUCUGGGGAUUCUUCCCUCUGUUUAAUGCAAUAUUAGCAUUCCCUUUGGAGAGACCCAUGCUAUCAAAAGAGAGAUCAUCAGGAAUGUACCAUCUCUCUUCUUACUACAUAGCCAGAAUGGUUGGAGACUUGCCAAUGGAGUUAGUUCUUCCCACUAUCUUCCUAACCAUCACAUAUUGGAUGGGAGGCCUCAAGCCUUCAAUUCUCACAUUUGUGUCAACCCUCUUGAUCAUCCUCUUCAAUGUCCUUGUGUCCCAAGGCAUAGGCCUUGCCCUUGGGGCAAUCCUAAUGGAUGUGAAACAAGCCACAACUCUGGCUUCUGUUACCAUGCUUGUGUUUUUGUUAGCUGGUGGAUAUUACAUUCAGAAAAUGCCUUCAUUCAUAGCUUGGCUUAAGUACUUCUCAUUCAGUCACUAUUGCUAUGAGCUUUUGGUGGGAAUUCAGUAUUCAAAAGACCAAGUUUAUGACUGUGGCCAAGUGCAUUGUAGGGUAGUGGAUUUUCCUGCCAUCAAGUGCUUGGAUAUUGCUAAUUUGUGGGGAGAUGUGGCUGCAUUGGCUGUUAUGUUUGUUGGAUACAGAAUUGUGGCUUAUUUAGCUUUGAGGAUGAGACAGCCUGUCUGACUAAAAUAAUUAGGCUCCAUUUUAGAGGGCAGAGUGCGGGGCUUUAAUAUUUUUUGUCAUUUCAAUUAGAUGCCAAGUUCAGGUGUUCAUUUGAUUCAAUUGUUUUAUGACAUAUAUCUUAAUUAUAUCUUUCUCACUGAUUA